UGGCAUCUAUACGAUGAAAUGUUCAGCUUCCAGCUAGAAGAGUGGAUUACGAUUUCUUUCUCUUCGACAUCCGUGAAAAAUUAUCGGUAUGAUGGUUAGAUUCAAAAUCUAUUCGUUAUAAUAAUGGAGUCAUACGACGUAAAAAGAUUUAAAAUUCUUCCUUAAGAAUUCUCUUCGAUAGUGACAAAAUUUGAAGCAAGAAAUAAAAAUGUUGGUUAGAAGAGUCCGACAUUGCAUCCGACAUUUAAUGGCAUCAAUGUGGCGAAGGAAAUCUUUAAUGGCAGCUACAUUUAUCAUCAGUACUCUUGUCAUUGUUGGUAUCCAAUAUAGUUCUCUUGGACAAGGAAGUUUAUUUCAUUUAGGUAAAAGGAUCAACUUUCCUCUUGGAAUGAGUGAAAAUAACAAAAAUCAAGAAACCUCUGUUCCUAGACGCAAUUUGUCAGCUCUUCCGACUUCACAGGGAAAUUAUCUGGAAGGACAAAGACAAGAUCAGAAUGGUGACAGCCUCGGAAAAAGAUCCAACAAAGGACGACGAUGGCCAUUUCAAAAACAACUUGGAAAUGAAAAGACUAUCAGGUAUAUUCCUCCUUUACGUCUGGUGCAUUUAGAUUUAAAAGGUGCACCACCUAAAAUUAGUUAUUACAGUCAAAUUUUCCCUAUAUUAAAAGAAGCAGGAGCAAAUGGUAUUUUAUUAGAAUACGAAGAUAUGUUUCCCUAUAAAGAGAAUUUAGCCCAAACUGCAGCAGAAAAUGCAUAUUCAAAAGAUGAUGUUCAGUUUAUUUUAUCAUUAGCAGAGUCUUUUAAUUUUCAUGUUGUUCCUUUGGUUCAGACAUUUGGACACUUGGAAUAUAUCUUGAAAUUUCAAGAAUUUAGACAUCUGCGUGAAAUUGAUGAUUUUCCACAAUCAAUAUGUCCAUCUAGAAAUGAAUCGUUUAUUAUUAUACAAUCUAUCAUUGAUCAGGUUGUUUCUCUUCAUUCAAAUCUCAAGUGGUUGCACAUCGGUUGUGAUGAAGUCUUUCAUCUAGGCUAUUGUCCAAAAUGUGUAAGAAAGGACCGUGAUGAUCUUUUUCUCUCUCAUGUGAGCAGAGUGGCACAGUACAUACGCACUAAAUAUAAUAUCAUCCCAAUUAUCUGGGAUGACAUGCUCCGUCAAAUGUCAUUAGAAAAAUUGAAAGAAUAUCAAUUAGGUUCAUUAGUAGAACCAAUGGUGUGGACUUAUGUAAAAGAUAUAUAUCACUUUAUUCCAGAAAACAUAUGGAUAAUGUAUAGUGAGGUUUUCCCCAAUAUCUGGGCUGCUAGUGCCUUCAAAGGUGCCUUUGGCGAAACUUUAACAGUUCCAAAUGCAAAAAUGCAUCUGGAAAACAAUAUAGCAUGGUUAGAAGUUAUGAAAGAACAAAGAGCAAAAUUUGAUUCAUUUCGUGGUAUAACCAUCACAGGCUGGCAAAGAUACGAUCACUUUGCAACAUUGUGCGAGUUAUUACCAGCUGGCCUUCCUUCUCUAAUUCUCAAUUUAUUGACCAUCACUCAAGGCCAGUAUAACGAAGACACAAAUAAAAAAGUAUUGGAAGUAUUACAGUGCACAGUACACUCUUCAAAAAAUAUCAUUGAUCUGGAAAAUGAUCCUCAUUUAUGGCAUCUUGGUAACCCCUGUUCUUUCCCUGGUUCUGCAGUUUUCAGACUGACUCAAUACAGAGAUGAAGUUAUUAAGAAAGUAAAGGAAUAUUUAUAUGAUGUAACAAUUCAUAAAGCUUGGCUCACAGAAUUUAACAUCCGUCACAACAUCAGUAGUCCUAUGCGUAUAGACGAGGGACUGACUGAAUAUUCUUCAAAUUAUUAUCCCAUAACAUCUCUUAUUCGUUCUGCCCGAGAGGCACUGCGCGAGGUCUUUGAUGAAUAUACUGUAGCAGAAUGGAUAGAACAGAAUGUAUAUCCUUAUUUGGAAAAAAUGGAAAACCUCUGGAAGCAAUCUUUGAUUUUGAAAAAAUUAAAAAUAUGGCCACGCAGACCCCUUCCAGUUUUAGAAGAACUUAAAAAGUUUUCUGUGGGAACAAAGGAAGAAAAUGGUAUAGAAAAUAGGGAUAGGUAAAAAAGAUUUUUUUAUUUUUAAUUAAAUAAUUUAAUGGCAGAGAAGGAUUACUACAAGAAAAACAGAAAAACAAAAAAAUAGCACAUAGGAUUCUGUUAAUGACCAAAGAUCAAAAUGACAUCAUUCAGUCUUAAAACUAGUCAUGAUUUAAAGCACCAAACAGAUUGUACUUUAGUAAUACUCAAUUUAAAAAAAGUAAAUAAAUCAUUAAUACAAAUGAAGAAAGCAUAUAUUUGAGAAAACUAUUUUAAAAUGUUGCAUUUUAAAGUUUAUUUUUCAACUAUAUAAUUGAAGGGUCCAAAAUUGUCUGUUGCCCAAUGUGCUUAUGAAAAUUCCUUACUUUUACUUCUCAGUUUUAAAUAAUAACUGGUGGAAAUAAAUGCAACAUUUAUUAUACAUGAAUUGAAAUGCAAAAAAAAGAAAAAAAAUGACUUACUUGGAAUUUCUUGACAAUUCUACUUAUAUUAAAACUUGAAAUUAACUAUAUUUAGAUAUUUCAUUUUUUGUAAAGUUAUUUUGUGAGUUUGAGUCAUAAAAGUUUAUGAAUUAUAAAGUGUGUUCAGUUGCAACAAAGAUUUUUUUUUAAUUUAUGUAAAAAAAAAAAUGUAGUUUGUGUAUUUAAAUUUUUUUCCAAGUUUUAAUAUUUUCCUAGAAUAGUUAAAAUUUUUAAGUUAAACUAGUUUGUUUUUACAAUAUUAUAUUUAUUGUGUGACGAGAUGCAAUGUAAUUUCAGUCGCAUGACUGAAUGUAAAAUAAUUUCUAUAUUGCCAAUCUUUAAAAUUUUAUCUUAUGAUAUCCAGAAAUCUCAUUUGAUAUGACGUAUGUAGAUUGUUUAAUGCUCUGUAGACAAAAGUCUUCCAUUAAAGUUUUUUUUGGUA